GCUGCGCACAGACAGCCGGUGCGGAGAGAGAGAGAGAGAGAGAGAGAGAGAGAGAGAGAGAGAGGGCUGCUAUUACUAGUGACAGAAAACGGCAGCGAGCACAUACAGUCUGGAGAGCGGUUGAUGCCACAAGAUGCUGAGCGCCGCCUUGCUGUGUGUGUGCGCCGUCGCCCUCGGACACUCGGUCUCCGCUCGCUCCGACAGCGGCAAUUUUUUGGACGAUAAGUGGCUGGCGGGGAGAUGGGACAAAUUCAGAGACGAAGUGGAGGAGCCUGGAACGUGGACUCCAUCCAAGCCCUUCGAUCAAGGCCUCGAUCCGGCCAAAGACCCCUGUCUUAAGAUCAAAUGCAGUCGCCACAAGGUGUGUGUGGCUGAGGAUUACAAGACUGCGUCCUGUGUCAGCCAGAGGAGAGUUAGUUUUAAAGAUGCCAGUUUGUACCAGAGCCCGGGGUCGAAGUGCAAACCCUGCCCUGUGGUCCACCCUUCCCCUGUCUGUGGAACUGAUGGCCACAGCUACUCCACCAAGUGUAAGUUAGACUACCAGGCGUGCAUCACUGGAAAGAAGAUCGCUGUGAAGUGCGCCGGCCUGUGUCCUUGCCCCGCUCAGCCCGAACAGAGCUCUGCGGAGAAGAAAGUGUGCAGUGAGUCGGACUUGAAGGAGGUGGUGAGUCGUCUGAGAGACUGGUUCAGAGUGCUGCACGAGAACGGCAACCACAAGAGAGUCAAGAUCCAGAAGCCAGAGAAGAACACAGAGUUCGAGGUCGGGGCGUCACCUAUCUGUAAGGACCCCCUGGGCUGGAUGUUCUCCCGGCUGGACACGAACUUUGACGUCCAGCUGGACCAAUCAGAGAUCAAGAGCCUCUACCUGGACAGGAACGAGCCGUGCUCCGAUGCGUUCUUCAAGUCCUGCGACACGCGCGCCGACAAGAUUAUAACCAGCUCCGAGUGGUGCACGUGCUUCCAGAGGCACACAGAUUCCCCUUGUAAAGCAGAGCUGUCCAGUAUCAACAAAAAGCAAGCGGGGAAGAAACUGCUUGGGCAGUACCUUCCGUCCUGCGAUGAGGAGGGUUACUACAGGUCACACCAGUGUCACAGCAGCAGCGGCCAGUGCUGGUGCGUGGAUCGCUAUGGCAACGAGGUGUCUGGCUCACGCACCCAUGGCCCGGCGAACUGCGGCGUGAUUUUGGAGUCUUCUGGAGACCUCGGCAGCGGAGACUCGCUGUUCACCGACGACGACGAAGACUCCUUCGUCCUCGACGACCAGGCCGGGAUGGACGACGAGGACGACGAGGAUGAGGACGGCGACGACGACGAAUACCUGUCGUAAUUUUUAUUUUUUUUUUUCUUUUUCCGAAAAAGAAAACAACAAAAAAAAGAAAAAAGAGAAAACUGUUUGUUUGGUCAAACUGCACGUUUCUAGGUGACUCCCCCAGGCAGAUACUUAAUCGUACUAACAGCCUACGGACUACUCUCUGUGUAUUGUUUGUUCAUUAGUAAGAAAAGAAAAAAAAGAAAAACAAUAUUCCUGGCAAACGUUUAUGAUUUCUCUUCCUCUCUAAGUAUAAAAUAUGGUUAACGGCACUUGCUCACUUGUGUGUCAGCCGACCAGAGAACAUAACAAGGACUAAUCGACAAAAAACCAAUCCAGCGCUUUGGAUUCGGUCACGUGUGCAAAAGACCUCUCCCCUCAUUGGACAGUCUCAUGUCUUCUAGUGUGUCACGUCCUUGUGCAGCACUCCCGACGCCCGAGUGUGUUGACGCCUGAGGGCGCAAUGUUAAAGAGAUUUCCCCCUUCUUCUUCUUCUUCUUCUUCUUCUUCUUCUUCAUCCUCUUCCUCUCCUCCCCCCCGAACCCCUUUAACUCCUUAUCAAAAUGUUCCUGUGUAUAGGUGGGAUGUUGAUGAUGUAGAUAAGAGAAUAUUGCACUCUUUAGGUUUUCUUUUGAUCUUGAUUUGUAACUGUGACUGUAACUGUGUGGAAAAAAAACAAGAUAAGAGUUAGACAUGCUUCAUUAGGAGUAUUAAGGCAAAAAAAAAAAGAGAAAAAAAGGAAAAAAAAGAAGAAAAAAAAAACACAGUGUGAGUUGGAUAACAAUCAGAACCGACAUGCUAGCUGUUUUCACGGAGACACAAAUCAAAUCAAAUCAUCUCAAAGGCUCAGCAACGAGGGAGGAACAAUGUACUGCUCGGCCGGUGGUGUGAGAGGGGGGGGUGAACAAAAAAAAUGUUAUUAUUAUCUAUUUUUCUAAUCCAUUGUUGGAUGAAUACAGAAGAUGAAACAGAUUUGUCGUAGCAUGUCUAAUACUGCGUGAUGUCGUUUCAGUCUGUAGAACCAGAGGCUAAAAAAAAAAAAACAACAAAAAAAAAAACCUUUGUGGAACCGGAAAAUAUAUAGAUAAAACUGAAGCUUGAGGACGACAAAAAAAUUCCCUUCGAGCGUGUACAGAUGAAAACUGCACUUGCAUAGUUAUACACGUCUGUGUGAUUAUAAGAGAAAAAAAAAGGAAGAAAAAGUUUACUUAUCUUUAAUACGUCGAAGAACACCUCGUCGCAGCUCACGUCGCAGGAUCAACGUCCGGGGGUGGUGGGGGAGGGGCGGGGGGUUGAUGUUUUUAAAAAUCCUUCAUGAUCUGAGCACACGGUGUGACAGGAUACGUCUCUUGCACAGUAAUAAAACCCACGGAGCCAAUGCGGACCUGUCGAAAAAAAAAAAAUGUCCGGCGGGAGGGUGAAGGUGUGCCUUUAACUGGUGAGGGCGGGUGCUGGCAGCAGUGGCGAGGAGCAUGCUUACCGGGCUACGACUUGAGCUCGUCUCUACGCUGCGUUAAGAGCGGCUUUCGGAAAAAACGUCUCUGGGUUUUGGUAUGGCUCGCGCUCUGGGUCUCUCUUAUGAUGGUGUUAAAUAUAGGCCAUACUUCAGAUCUUUUUUUGAUUUGUAACUUAGGGUAGUUAGAGUGUAGAGAAGCACAGAUAUAUUUAACAGUUAAGGCAUAACAACACUUAGAUUCUGCUGGAUUUGAAAAUGGUUUAUAUAUUAGUACACUGGCUAGAGGAAGCUUUGGUUUAGACAGCUUUAUAUGACAAAAAAAAGAUGAUCAUCUUACAGUGGUUUUCUUUUUUUUUUUUUUUUUUCUGCUUUUGCUUUUAUUUGUACCCGACCUGCUCUGUCGACUUAUAUUGUAUAUCUGUCAGGGUUAAAAACUGAUUCCCAGAUUUGUGUAUUCUUGAUAAGUCCUGUGACUGUUUAUGCAGACCUGGGAUUUGCUGAGCUCCGAUGUUGAUUUUCACUUAUUAAACCAGCCGUCGGGCAUCAUUUUGAAUCAAACAUCUCUUUGAAAUUCCAUGUUAAGACCUGAAAAGUGCCAUCUAACUGUCCGAUAGUUUGUUUGUUUGUUUUUUUUGUUUUUUGUUUUGUUUUUUGGUCUCCCCUCAUUCCUUUUAACUUGGAAUUUCAAUUCACUUUAAGGUCUGGAGACGAUUUCAGUCUGAAAGUGUGCAGUUUUCAUGAGUGUGAUGACACGCAAAUCAUUUCGAUGACCUCAGACACUGUAGCCACUCAAAACCAAUCACACACUGUCAUCACAGCUCUGAUAGCGUUUUAAGGUAAUGAUACAGAUGCAUUUUUUACAGUGUAUGUAUGAUUUGCUGAAAUAAAAGCUAUAUUGACCAAU